GCAAUGCUUUUUAAUUCAAAAUUUUGACCGUUGACUUUGUAAAACUCCAACCAGCUGUGCCUGUGUGCCCAAUCAUUCAUCAUAAUUUAUACCCCAUCACAUGUUUCUCACCAUUAUGUUACGUUAUCCCAUAUUAUAUAUAUAUAUAUAAUGUAACAAGUGCUAUACCAAGCUACAAAAAUGGCAUCCACCUUCUUAUUCCUCUCCUUCAUCUUCCUCCUCGGGACUGGCCUUCCGUCCACGAUUGAGGCUCACGGUCACCGUCGUUGGAGGGAGAGAUCCCGAGUAGCUUCGCUAAUUAGUGAAGAACUUUUUAAGGAGCUAUUUUUGCAUAAAGACGAUAGUGCAUGUCCCGCAAAUGGGUUCUAUAGUUACCAAUCCUUCAUUGAAGCGACGAAGAAGUUUCCCAAAUUUGGUACUACAGGUUGUUUGGCCACACGGAAGAGGGAGAUAGCGGCGUUCCUGGCUCAGAUCUCACACGAGACGACGGGCGGGUGGGCAACUGCUCCGGAUGGACCUUUUGCUUGGGGGCUUUGCUUUAAAGAGGAAAUCAGUCCACAAAGUAACUAUUGUGAUGAUAGUGUUGAGCAGUGGCCUUGCUCUCCCGGCAAGUCAUACAAAGGAAGAGGACCUAUACAACUAUCAUGGAAUUACAACUACGGGCCAGCAGGCGAGGCACUGGGAUUCGACGGGCUGAGAAACCCGGAGAGAGUUGCAGAGGACCCGACAACGGCGUUCAAGACAGCGCUGUGGUUCUGGAUGACGGAGCAGAAGCCGAAGCCAUCGUGUCACGACGUCAUGGUCGGCCGAUACAUUCCCACAAAGGCUGACAGAGAGGCAAACAGAACUGCAGGAUAUGGACUAGUGACCAACAUCAUCAAUGGCGGUCUUGAGUGUGGGAUUGCCAACGAUGCCCGAGUCAACGACCGAAUUGGCUUCUUCCAAAGAUAUGCUAAGCUCUUCAAUGUUGAUACUGGGCCCAACUUGGAUUGCCAGAAUCAGAAACCCUUUUAGAUUCAUCAUCGUUCCUCCUUUUCACUUGUUUGUUUAUCAAUCGCCUUCUAUUUUAAAAAAAUUUCAGAUUUGAUCCGAAACCAUGGACUGGUUUGGAACAAGUAACUGUUCAUGAUU